AUGGUGAUACCAAGGAAAACUUCUGAACAUUUCUCAUCCCAUUCUUUCACAAUAUUUUACUAUACCAAAGAAGAAAAUAUUGGUGUAAAAGGCAAGUUAACUGCUUCAAUAGAGGUGAAGUGUGAGGGACAUUUGAUUCAUGAUCUUUUUCACUCUAAUCCUCAUCGUGUACCCAAGAUUUGUCCUAGUAAAGUCAACCAUUUUGAGAUUUAUCAAGGUGGAAUCACAAAGGUUGGCUCGAUAAUUAGCUGGAAAUAUAAACCCGACAGAAAGGAGAAGAUUGCUAAGAUCGUGAUUGAAGCCGUCGAUCAUAAGAAGAAGUCAAUCACUUGGAAAGUGAUUGAAGGAGAUCUGUUAGAGUUGUACAAUUCCUUCACUGUCAUCACAUCUUGUGAACACCAGUGGAUUACAUGGGCAUUCGCGUACGAGAAGAAAACUGCAGUCACCCCAGAUCCUCUCGCUUUCUUGGGUUUUUUCAUUGAAUUGACCAAAGAUAUAGAUGGUCACUUUCUCAAGAAAUAGAAAAAUGAUGUUCAAUGGCUAUACACACACGUGUGUGUGUGUUUGUGCUUGUGUGAUGAAUAUUUGCAAUAAUCAUCAUAUGUUAAUAAAUAAUAUGUGUGCGUGUGUAUGUUUGUGCUUGUGUGAUGAAUAUUUGCAAUAAUCAUCAUACGUUAAUAAAUAAUAUGUGUGUGUUUGGCUAGUCCUAGCUAGCUCGUGAAAUAAAUAAUGUUGUGUUUUUGCUUGUGUGAUGAAUAUUUGCAAUAAUCAUCAUACGUUAAUAAAUAAUAUGUGUGUAUACGGUAAAAAUCGGGUAUACGUUAAACCGGUGAGACCGAAGAAGAAAGGGACAGGAACGUGCAUGAAGGCUCCCAUUCUGAACCGGGGAAACGCUUGGACCGGAGUAAAGGAAGGGCGUCAUUUGGUCCGGUUCUUCCAUGACCGGUUGUUCGAGGCCGUAUGUCCGUUUGACCGUGGCCGGUGGUCCGGAAGAUCCGUUGCGCGGGUGCCACGCGUCGAUGGCGUGCUGCUGUGUUCAACUGUCAAUUGUACUGGUGUCAGACCGUACGGUCUACCUAAUCCAACCUAAUCCAACUCAGAACUUUUUAUUUUAUUUUAUUAUUUUUCUUAUGUUGUAUGAAGCCCAUGGAGCAGCACUAUAAAUAAGGGGCAUUGGCCUCCUUUUAGAGGGUUGGCUUCUACAUUACCAAAAGCUCUUGUAAUAGCAAAAUACAUAAAUCUCUCUUUCAAUAAGCAGAUUCGAUCCA